AUGGGAAAAACCAAGUUUACAGCCUUAGAACGUGUAAAUUCCAAUGACUAUAAAGAUGAUUUUUACGAAUCAAAUAAUAAAAUGUUUUGCAUCGCUUGCAAAACUACUGUUAAUUACACUAAAAAAUCUGUAAUUGAUAAUCAUCUUAAUUCGACAUCACAUAAAA